AUGAGCUGGACAGACAAAUUACGUGAAUCUAGAGCCUCAAUCUUGCAACAGUUCACUUAGCAUAAGAACAUCAAUACAGUAAGGGAAGGACUUAAAAGUAUUACUGGUAAGAAUAUGGAAUUCAGUAUAUGUGUAAUAACAAACUGCCGUUCAUCCGAUGACGAUGGAAAAUCCAUGAGCCAAGCAGAUGCAGUUGCUUCAUUAAAUGAAAAUGACCUAAAACUUGACUCCAGAGACAUAAAAAUAUUUGUACAUAAAGAUUCUACACCUGAGAUAAUACCUCUAAAUCAGGAGAGUUCAGUUCUCUAUUUAAAUCAAUAGACAUCUAGAAGUCAAGAGGAAGUAGUCAAAGUUUCAGAAAAAUUGGUAAAAUCUAAGACUGAGGGGUCUACAACCAAACAUAAAAAAUCUAAAUUAAGUUGUAUUACAAUAGAUAGACUUGUAUAGGCCGAUGAAAUUAAAGAAACAGACAAUACUCCUACCCCUAUGGGCAACUUAAACUUAAAUGACUUCACUAAUAGCGCUAGAUCCCUAGAUAAUAGACCAAAGCAAAUCAAUUCUGACCUCAAUCUUUAAUUAUAGCACGCUACCUUCGAACCCCUUCAAACCACACGUAAUGAUAAUGGAGAAAAUGGAACCAAAGAAUCUUAAAUAAUAUCUGAGACUCAUUUCCUUAGUCCAAUUAAAAGGAGGCUUGGAUCUAACCAAAUGUCGGACGGUGACAACCACUCGACCUAUUCUUCAUAAGUAUCAAGCUUCUAUUUGGACAAAAUUGAUGAAUUGAUUCCUGAAAAGAAGUCUGUAGCUGAAAAACUUCUUAGAAAGUAAGAGACAGUCAAAGAUUUUGAAAAUCCAGUCAUUGAAACCCCUGCUAAACCGCAAAAGCAACCAAGCCAGUUUAGAAUCCCAAGGCAGUUUGUUUACUCCAACAAGCAUGCAUCUUCUUUCAUUAAGUUGAAAGCAGAACUGAAAAUGAAACUUCUAAAUUAUAGGUCUGAAUAGGAAUAUAAAAGGGAAUAGGACAAGAAAACAUCUGCCCAGGCCUUAAAAUAUCUUCGAAAGCUUGGAAGAAAGAUUCGAAAGUCUCAAAAUGUUAAGUUCAAUUUUGAGUAGAACAAUGCAAGAAUGUUUAAUCAGCAGCAGCCUAAGAAUCCGUUUAUGGAUUCUGCUCGGUCUCCAAUUGAGUAAACAGUUUCAUAGGUAAGCCAGAAAAUAUCUCCUAGACAAGCUCUGAUGUAGUAGUAGAUGUAAUCGAAGAAAGUGCAUGAGUAUCUCAAUAGUCUAAGCGUCAAUUAGAACUUUUCACUAAACACUCCAGUCAAUGCCAACUUUAAUCCCUUCAAUCCAUUUUCUAGCAGUUAGAAGGAGGCUUAAGAAUCUCAGCAAAGUGCUUAGUUUGGAAAUUUGAGCUAGCUUCCUCUUCCUUACUUUAAAGCAGAUAGUAUGAAUCCUUCGUUUGAAGCCAUAGGUGGCAAUAAGUCAGCAACUAAGCAGAAUGCUUGCAUAUUCGAUGAGAUGACUAGAACCGUUUCUUUUGCUCCAUAUGCAAUGAAUCAGUAGUAAGAGAGUUAAAACUAGUAUGAAGCAAUUGAUUAACUGCUAUCACCAGUUAUGGCCAGAAGAGAUAUAGAUCCAGACACGCUCGAUGAGGAAGAAAAAGAAUAUAUCGAGAUAUGCAAAGAGUACAAGGAGAAUGAUUUCUAUAAGGAUUUCAAGAAUUACAAAGACUAUUAUAAGGAUGCAUUACUUUAGAAUAUAAGAAUCUCGGAGCAAUAGAGUGAUGCUAGAAAUGAGAGUCCUUAAGCCUCUAAAAAUGAUUAGAAAUUAGUGAAGAACAUUCAAUCUAUUUAUGGGGCUAAAAAUUCAUUUUAUAAGGAAUAAUCUUAAAAUGAAGAAAUUGAUAAAUUCUUCUUUGAACCAGAAACUAAGAAUGAAAAAUCUUAAACUAAAGAAGUUUUAAAGCCAUCUCCUAAAAUGACAAAAUAAGUAUCUAGACAGUCUUUAGACCUUAAAUUAUGUAAAAGAUAAUCGAAAUAGCUAUACGAAAAUCUCAUGUCACUUUUGGAAGAUGAUUCUUUAAUGCCAGGAAAAAGACCAGGAAACCUCAGCAUUGUUGUUUAAAAAUCUGAGGAAGUAUAAAAUGGAUUUGGAAUAACUAAGCCAAAUUUAAUCUAACAGAAUUCAUUAGAUUCUCAAAAAUUGAAGGACUAUACUAACACCGCUAAAAAUAGCAGAGUUGAAAAUUUAAGUCCUACAAUCCGAUUGAGUACUGUUCAUAAUCCUCAAUAUAAACUAACUAAACCUGCUAUCAAAUAAGUUUGCAAAAAUUUGAAAGAUUUAUAUGCUGAUCUGCUUACAAACAAACAGCAAAGAAAAUGCCAGCCUUCUUAGUACAAGGAAAAGAAAAAUGUUCUUCAACAGCAAGUAUAAUCCUAGAAUUUCUAAUAAUAGUAGAUGUAUAAUUUUAAUGAUUAGUAACAACAGCAGCAGCAUAAUCAGUAGUAUAAUUAUGAUGAAAAGAACUACCAAGCUAACUAUAAAGGAGAAAGACUCCUGACUAAUGAAAGCUGUUAAUCAAACAAAAAGGGAGGCAAGAAUUUAAGAGUGCACUAUUGA